GCCUUUCCCAAAGUCUCUCCAGCGGGCUGGGAGGUCCAAGAAACUCCUCCUGGAGUUUUUUCCUGUUUUGGAUUUCUUAUCAUUGCCAUCAACCAGAGACUGAAUCUCUGCACUAGUCCAUCCCUGAAGUGAGAUUCACUGCCUAACUCUCUGAAACACCCACCUGAAUUCUCUGCACUCAACAGAGCAGCCCAAGGAUAAACCCUCUGGUAAAUCCUAUGUGACUGAAGAUAUAGGAGCCUGCCUGAAGACCAGGAGCCACCCCAGCUACCAACAGGCUGAAGCAGACAAGCUUGACUCUGCAAGAGGACAACAUCAUCUCAAGAUCAUUACCCUGUUACCCUUUAUCAUCACCCAGAAGAGGAUGGAGCUCGGUGAGAUCGUUGUGACUAAACAUCCCAGUGAGAGGGAGAUGUACAAGAAGGAGAUGCCAAGAGCCCAGCACCUGCUGUGGAGAAGUGGAAACUGGAUCCACCAUGGUUUUGGGUAUCUCACAGGAGAAAUGGAAGAAUUUGGAGAAUGGAUGAAAAACAAGCCCUUAAUUGUUCAGCUGGUGGACUGGAUCUUGCGAGGAACCUCCCAGGUGAUGUUUGUCAACAACCCUCUCAGUGGGCUGAUCAUUUUAGUGGGGCUUUUCAUCCAGAGCCCCUGGUGGAUGCUCACAGGCUGCACUGGAACCACUGUGUCCACGUUAACUGCGCUGGCCCUCAGUCAGGACAGGUCAUCCAUCGCAGCUGGGCUGCAUGGCUACAACGGGAUCCUGGUGGGCCUGCUCAUGGCUGUCUACUCAGACAAAGGGGACUAUUACUGGUGGCUUCUCCCUCCUGUGGCAGUGAUAUCUGCAGCCUGCCCAGUCCUGUCCAGUGCAUUGGGAUCCAUCUUCAGCAAAUGGGACCUUCCCGUUUUCACUCUGCCCUUCAACAUUGCAGUGACCCUGUACCUGGCAGCCACAGGACACUACAACCCCUUCUUCCCCACAACCCUCAUCAAGCCCGUGGCUGCAGUGCCCAAUAUCACCUGGUCUGACAUCAAUGUGCCACUGCUCUUACAAUCCAUCCCAGUUGGUAUUGGCCAAGUGUAUGGUUGUGGAAACCCCUGGACUGGAGGCAUUUUCCUUGUGGCUCUGCUCAUCUCCUCCCCACUGAUUUGUUUAAAUGCCGCAAUUGGAUCCACUGUGGGGAUGUUUGCAGCCCUGAGCAUUGCAUCCCCAUUUGACAGCAUCUACCUUGGCUUGCACAACUACAACUGUGCCCUGGCCUGCAUCGCCGUCGGGGGCAUGUUCUACGCCCUGACCUGGCAGACACAUUUGCUGUCCCUUGCCUGUGCAUUAUUUUGUGCUUACUCCGGAGCAGCUCUUGCUAAUGCCCUCUCUGUGCUCGGGCUGCCAGUGUGCACCUGGCCCUUCUGCCUCUCCGCGCUGCUCUUCCUGCUGAUCACGUCCGAAAACCCGGCCAUCUACAGAAUGCCCCUCUGCAAAGUCACCCACCCAGAAGCCAACAGGAUCUACUACCUGAGAAUGAGGAGAAGGGCCUCGGAGAGCAGGAGGGAGGAGCAGAAGAGGAAGGAGCAGAAACCCUCUGACAGCCCAAAUUUGAGCACCGGGGGUACCCCACUCUGCCCCCCCAAGAACCACCAUGCUCACUGACAUCAGGCACACACAGCUGUGCAGCUUGGGGGCAGUUUGGGGGCAGCUUUUCAAACCUCACCCAGGCACAGCACAGCCACAAACACCACUUUUGCCAGCAGUCUGCAGGCUUGGGGAUUCAGCGUUGCACACCGGGGAAAUCACGGUGUGCCCUUGAGCUAAGCUUUCCAAAAAGCACUCAGGUAACAUAAUAACAGCUGCCUUAUCAAUCCACUGGCUGUUAACUUGAAAGUCACCUCUUAUCAAUAAUAAUUAUAAGAAUAGGCAGAAGAACAUUAAAGCUGACAAGAGGCUGCAUUUAAUUUCAGAGGUGUAAUUUAACAAAAUAAAUAUGCUGAGAAGGCAUUGGUGUCUAAUAAUAAUAAAUAAUGUAAGAACUAAGUCAAGAGCUGCACUUCAAAUUAAGAGCAUGUAUAUUUGAAAGUGAAAUAAACAGACUGUUCUCUUCCUUUCUUGUGUGCCAUCAAUGUCUAACACUUUUAAUACCUCUUAACAGCUACAACACAUACAGGUAAAUAUUCUUACAGAGCACAUCCUGUAGCACUUUUGGUGCCAUCUCCUGGCUUCUCAUUAAGUGCCAAGGGAAUGAAUAUAUAUGCUUUAAUCAGACUAGAAGAGCAACUAGCUAGCAGUGAUCAAACAUUCUUCUUUUCCUUGAAUAAUUUUCUGUCUCACAAACAGAAGAUCUCUCUCUCCUGCUGAUUGCAGGAUAGUAAGUCUGUAUCCCUACACACAUCCAGUGGGAAAUAAAAAAACUUCAUGU